CUCUCUCACAUUCACAAAUUUGAGCAUUUGAAAAGGAAAAAGUAACUAUCGGAAGAAAAAUUGAUUGAGAUGAUGAUCAUCCAAUUUGAGAAGAGGAGUAGUUUGGCUCUAUUGAUGGUGUUGGUAGCAUUGAUAAAUUUGUGUACUUUUAGCAAUGCAUGGUCUUACAAUGUUGUUAACUUUGGAGCCAAAGGUGAUGGGAGAACUGACUCAACACAAGCAUUUCAAACCGUUUGGUCUAAUGCUUGUGCCUCCACAAAACCAACCACAAUUUAUGUCCCACGAGGAAGAUAUUACCUUCGCUCUGGAACUUUCAACGGACCUUGCAAAAACAAUGCUAUCUUUAUCCGCAUUGAUGGCACUUUGGUGGCUCCCUCCGACUUUCAAGUUAUUGGAAACUCUGCAGCUUGGGUUGUUUUUAGGCACGUUGAUGGAGUUACCAUCUCAGGCGGCAAUCUUGAUGGGAAGGGGGUUGGCUUAUGGACUUGCAAAAAUUCUUCUAUUAGCACUACUUGUCCAUCUGGUGCCACGACCCUCCAAUUCUCUAACUCCAAAAAUGUAGUGGUCAGCGCAUUAACAUCACUCAAUAGCCAAAUGUUCCAUAUAGUCAUCCAUGGUUGUCAAAAUGUCAUGAUGAAAGGCCUUAAGGUCUUGGCCUCUGGCAAUAGUCCCAACACAGACGGAAUUCAUGUGCAAAUGUCCAUUAAUGUGGCCAUAUUAAACUCCAAAAUAGGCACUGGAGAUGAUUGCAUUUCCAUUGGUCCUGGUACUUCUAACUUACGUAUUGAAAAUAUUAUAUGUGGACCUGGUCAUGGAAUAAGCAUUGGGAGUUUAGCAAAGGAUCUACAAGAGGAUGGAGUCCAAAAUGUUACUGUGAAGAAUGUUGUAUUUUCACGCACUCAAAAUGGGGUAAGAAUCAAAGCAUGGGGCAAGCCUAGCAACGGUUUUGCUAGGAACAUUCUUUUCCAACAUAUUGUAAUGGACAAUGUCCAAAAUCCAAUUGUUAUCGAUCAAAAUUAUUGUCCAAGCCACAAAGGAUGUCCGGAAAAGGCUUCUGGUGUUAAAAUUAACGAUGUGACUUAUCAAGACAUCCAUGGAACAUCAGCCACUAAAGUUGCAGUAAAGUUCGAUUGUAGUCCAAUAAAUCCAUGUGUUCGAAUAAAGUUAGAGAAUGUAAAACUUACAUAUAUGAAUCAAACAGCGCAAGCUACAUGCAACAAUGUUGGAGGAAUUGCAGCAGGUCUUGUUCAACCCACGAGUUGCUUCUAAGUGAAACAACUUGAGUUUAUUGGAUAUGCAUGGAUGUUUUUUUUCUUGAGUAGACAAAAUAUUUAUUUUAUGACUAAAAGUGUUUAGAAAAUUUCAUUUUA